GUAAGAAGUCAAUAACUUCAAGUUAUUUACAUACCAUUCUUUAAAGACAACCGAACAAAGCGUUAGAUGCCAACAGAUCGAAAGAUGAGUUUUCGAAAGGACAGCAAAGCUAGGACAAUUAGCGACGGGGGUGAACUUUCCUCAGAAGUGAUUUCAGAGUUUCGCGAGGCGUUUUCCUUAUUUGAUCAUGAUGGAGAUGGUACCAUCACCACAAGCGAACUCCAAACAGUCAUGGAGAGACUGGGGUUGAGUUCAGACCAGGAACAACUGAAUGAAAUGAUCAGAGAGGUGGACGCGGAUGGAAGUGGUGCAGUGGAUUUUGACGAAUUCUGUGUCCUAAUGCAGAAGAAAAUUGCACAGGAAACCCAGUCCGAGCUCCUGGAGUUGUUCAGUAUCUGGGAUGAAGCUGGUAAAGGGAUCAUUGAGUCAGGGGAAUUGAGAGGCUUACUGAAUAGAGUCCCCGUGCGGCUGACGAGGAGAGAGAUUGAUGCACUGGUUGAUUAUGCAGACACCAAGAAAAAUGGGAAAAUCAACUUUGAAGAAUUUGUCAAAAUGCUGUCUUAAAGAAAAGAGCCUCCUUUUUGACCGUUUCAAGAAAUUCUCUGACACUUGAGAGUUGAAGUAAAGAAUUGAAAAACUAAUAAACAAAUCAUUAUGCGUCUUGA